CUCACACACCAGCUUCCAAUAAUGUGAUUACAAGCUCCUUGGUGCUUCUCAGUAUUAGACUUUCUGCCUGCUCCUCGGGCGGAAAACAGUCAUUUUAAUCACAGUUUUAGAAAUUAAAAACUACUUUCAUGCCUUAAAAUUUGCAGCUGGCUAGUCUCAGGAUGGGUGAUGUUAUUGACUUGACAACAAUGGAGAGUGAGUCUAUGCUGCCGGUGGACGUGAACCUGAACAGCCCCACAGUCCAGCAGGCUAAGAUGUGCGUUGGUGCUGACCAGCAGAUGAUGCACAUUUACCUCAGAAUCAAACCUUUCUCUAAAGAAGAGCUCUCUGACCACGAGGAUCAGGAGUGUGUUCUGAUCGUUGACGGUCACACGGUGAUGCUGAGUGCACCCAAAGGCUCUGCCACUAUGAAAAGCAGUGAGAAGGGAGUCUGCAUGUCUAUCCACAAGUUCUACUUCUCAAAGGUUUUUGGACCUCAGACAUCCCAGGCUGAACUGUUUGAGGACACGGUGGAAAGCCAAGUGUCUGAUUUCCUGAAUGGGAGGAAUUCUUUGAUAUUCAGUUAUGGUGUCACCAAUGCUGGGAAGACUUUCACAAUCCAAGGAACAGGAAAAGAGCCCGGGAUCCUCCCCCGAGUGUUGGACGCCACCUUUCGCCACGCUGAAGGCCGUCUGUACGAGGGGAUGAAUCUGAAGCCCUACCUCAGGAACGAAGCUCAGCUUCUGCAUCCUGACCAAGUCAAGAAAGAGAGAAUCGCUAAAGCUUCCCUUUUUGCUUCUGUCAAAGAUGAAUGUGAUCGUUCAACACCCAGCAGUGUCUCCGAGUCCCCGGUGUCCUCUGAUUCCAAUCUGUCAUCCUUUAAUUUGUCUCACAACUCAACCGUGCCGCCCAGCAGCCCAGCAGAAGACGGCGGACGCCUGUUCGCCCUGUGGGUGGCGUUCUUUGAAAUCUACAAUGAGUGUGUUUACGACCUGCUUCAGCCGUCCACAUCCAAGAAGCGGUCCUCUCUUCGUGUUUGUGAUGAUGGAGCAGGAAACGCUCACGUUAAAAACCUCCAGUGGAUCAACGUCCAGAGUUUGAGCGAAGCCUACAAACUUCUCCAGCUUGGUAAUAGAAACAGAAGUGCUGCAGCCACUAAAAUAAACCAGUCAUCCAGCAGAAGCCACAGCAUAUUCACACUAAAGUUACUGAAGAUUGAUGGACAGAUGGUGGAGAGGAUCUCAGAGUUCUCCGUCUGUGACCUGGCAGGCUCAGAACGAUGCCACAAAGCCAAAACGUUUGGAGAGAGACUGAAAGAGGCUGGGAGCAUAAACGGUUCCCUCCUAAUUCUAGGGAAGUGCAUCACUGCUCUUCGCAACAAUCAGGCUGACGGAACCAAGAGCACCUGCAUCCCGUUUCGAGAAAGCAAGCUCACCAAGCUUUUCCAGACUUUUUUCUGUGGCAAAGGAAAAGCCUCCAUGAUCGUCAACAUUAACCAGUGUGCUUCCACCUACGACGAGACCCUCCACGUUAUGAAAUUCUCUGCCAUCGCCAAACAGGUGGUGCAGGUGAUCCCAGACAAGACGGAGGAGUCUCUGUCUCCGUGUCUGUUUGGUCGAGACGGGAAGCCUCUGGUGAGAAAGGGUGUCAUCGACAGCAAGGCCCUGGAGAGCUACCUGUCUGAAGAGGAGCUGCUGGAUGAAGAGGCUGACAUGUCUCUGUUGCCGCAGAGUGAGCUCCUGAAUAUGAUUGAGGGUCUACGAACCAAACUCCUGGCUGAGCGGAGGAGGAAAUUGGUGCAGGAAAUAGAAAUACGAAAAGAAAUGGGGGACGCGAUGUUGCAGCAGAUCCUGGAGAGUGAAGAACUCAGAGCUCAGCAGAUUGAAGAGCUGAAGGAGAGCUAUGCAGAAAAACUGGAGAACACGUUUGAGAUGUACAAAGAUGCCAUCAAAGAACAUGCUUAUCAGUGUGCUAUGAACAACCUGGAGGAUAAUUAUGUCCCACUGGAUGAGUUCACAGCUGAGCAGGAGAAAGUAGAGUCUCUUGGACAUAAAGUGUCUGAGUUGGAGAGCUUGCUGUCCAGAGCAGGAGGUGCUCCUGUUCCCCCAAAGCAGGAGCAAUCAUCUCAGACCGAAGCGUCUAACGGCACAGAAGACGCAGAUGGAUGGUUUUACAAAGAAAAGUAUGACUUGGAGAGGAUGUGCAAGGACAAACAGUUAAUUUCAUCCCUGGAGAAAAGACUGAUGGAGGUCGGUGAAACGCUCCAGGUAGUCCAAGACGCCUUCGUGGAAAAAUCUGCUCUUCUGGAGGCUCUGCAGAAGACCGCUGACGAUCAGUCCAGAGCUUUGGAGAAGGUCUUGCAGCAGAAUGAUGAGAAGGACAAAGAGAUAGCCUCUCUGAAGGAUCAGCUGUGCAAAUUAUCCCAGAAGUCUCCAGUCAAGAAGACCAAGAGAGGACUGUUUGCCAACUUCAAGGAUGCUGUCGCGUCACCUCGGAUACAUCCAACUGGCCGAAACAUAAGAUUGGCCGGUUCCCCAAAACCCUAAAGACCGAACAUCUGCUCAACCCCUGUUCCCAGAUCCAUUUUUCUGUUUUAGGUACUUGAGGCGGAAGUGUCCAUGUUUUCAGCAGUUGAAGAAAUCAGGACACUUAUUUUGUGUUUGUUCCAUUUUAAACGUUUAUUUUUAAUAAAACUGAGUCCAAACGUUA